GCAAACUUUUCUACGUUAUACCUAUUCGUAUAUUAUCGGUGUAUGACUUACAUUGAUUGUUUAUGAUAUGAGAAAUUAGUUUUUUAUGAAAUAAAUAUACUUUAGUUUUAUGUUUUUUUUAACAAUAGACAAUGGACCAUUUAAUGUCGUCUUAUUUUUCUUUCUUGAAGUUUGCGGUUAUUAAAAUGGGGAGUGAAACAAUAAACUGUUGGAAGAUGAAAAAUUGAUAUUGUCACAAAAAGGAUAAAAAGAACACAUUCAGCUUUUAGAGGUAAAUGGAACAAAACAACGAAGCGAUUUUGCGAGUUGUCGUUGAAACUCGCUAUGGCAUGCAGUGAAUUUUGUAUACGAAGAUGAUUUAAUCGUCAAUAUAUAAAAUGGAAUGUUCAUUCUUCGCUAACUAUAAUCCAAAAGCCAAUAAACGUUACUUUCGGAAGUGCCAUGUGAGAAUAUUCUCAGACAAUGUUAAUAAAGCGACGUGAAAUGAAGCUAGAAUAUUAAUAAAAUGGGUCAGACUAACACGCAUGUCUAUAAUAAUUACACUUCAUCAAAUUACUCGCAGCCCUAUGACAUAAUUGAGUUGGAUAAAGACGAUUGUGCGGUCGCUGAUGAUCCUAAAUAUCCUAGUAGCUUGGGGAUUACGCUUGCCGUGCCAGAAUGGGAGGCUAUUUGCACAGCCAUUGUUCUCACUCUAAUUAUUAUAUCUACGAUAGUUGGUAACAUCCUCGUAAUUCUCAGCGUGUUUACGUACAAACCACUGCGAAUAGUUCAAAAUUUCUUCAUUGUGUCACUCGCUGUAGCCGAUCUAACCGUUGCAAUAUUAGUCCUACCGCUAAACGUCGCUUAUUCAAUAUUAGGACAAUGGGUUUUCGGAAUUUAUGUGUGCAAAAUGUGGUUGACCUGCGACAUAAUGUGCUGCACGUCAUCGAUUUUGAACCUGUGCGCCAUCGCUUUGGACAGAUAUUGGGCAAUUACCGACCCUAUAAAUUACGCCCAAAAAAGGACUUUGGAAAGGGUGCUCUUAAUGAUCGGUAUAGUAUGGGUGCUAUCUCUCAUCAUUAGCUCCCCACCAUUGUUGGGAUGGAAUGAUUGGCCAGAAGUGUUUGAGCCCGACACGCCUUGUCGAUUGACAUCGCAGCCGGGUUUCGUUAUAUUUUCCUCGUCCGGAUCAUUUUAUAUUCCUUUAGUUAUAAUGACGGUGGUAUACUUCGAAAUAUAUUUGGCAACGAAGAAAAGAUUAAGAGAUCGCGCAAAAGCUACAAAAAUAAGCACUAUUUCAACUGGUAAAAGCAAAUACGCAGCAAAAGAUAGUGAUCAUCAUGACCAAGAUUCCGUCAGUUCCGAGGCUAAUCACAAUGAACAUCAAGGUGUCACGCGCCUUGUAUCUGAUAAUGAGAAGAAGAAAAAGCCCAAAAAACAGCCACAAGCUAAGAAAAAACCAGCAAAACGACGCUACUGGAGUAAAGAUGAUAAAUCACAGAACAAAUUAAUCGUCCCUAUAUUAUCAAAUGAAAAUUCUGUCAGCGACAUGGUAGAUAAUCCGGAAAAUCGUAACACGUCUUCAGAAAGCAAUUCCAAAGAGACCCACGAUGAAGAUAUAGAAAUCGUGGAAGCUGGCUCCACUAAAUCAUACAAACGUCCUAAACCUAAUCAACAAAAUACCGUUUAUCAGUUCAUUGAAGAAAAGCAACGAAUCUCAUUAACUCGUGAGCGGCGAGCUGCCAGAACUCUUGGAAUAAUAAUGGGAGUGUUUGUCGUGUGUUGGCUCCCAUUCUUCGUCUUAUAUCUCGUGAUACCGUUUUGUUCGAGCUGCUGCUUAUCAAACAAGUUCACAAACUUUGUUACAUGGCUCGGAUAUGUAAAUUCCGCUCUCAACCCUUUAAUAUAUACGAUAUUUAAUAUGGACUUUAGGAGAGCGUUCAAAAAAUUGCUUUGUAUAAAGCCGUGAGGUGUGCCAAGAAAUAAAGUGUAAAUAAUUAUGUAGUAUAGAAAAUGUAAUUUAUUUAUUGAACUUCUUAUUUGCUCAAUAUAAGAUUGGUGGUUAAUGUAAACUAGUAAGUUAGUAAGAAUAAGUAUUGAAAUAUCGAUAUAUGAUUGUAUGUAUGGGAAUAUCGAUAAUUUAUGAAAUAAAAUACUAACUGGAUGUAAUAUUCUUCUCUAAAUUGUAGGAAUAAACUUUCACUACUAGGCUGUUUAAUAAUAAUUUAACAAUUGUGUAAAUUUUAGAUGUAAAUUUUUGUGCAUAGCACGUUACGUAGAUGAUUGUAAUAUUCAAUUUAUUCCAUUCAUGUUAUUGAAUAUUAAACCCAACGAAAAAUGUAGUGUAAAUAUUUAUUGUCAUGUACAUAUCUUGACUUCGUGUAAAAAUAAUUUAAAACUUUUAAUCUGUAAUAACCUAGAAUAAUAAUAACUAGAUAAAACGAUAUUUAUUUGUUAGUAUUUUAAAGGUAAAACCUUAUGUUCCUUUAAAUUUUAUAAAUUACUUUUAUAAAGUAUAUCCCUUUGAAAU